UGCAGGAUUUGGAUAAGAUGCAGUCCGUGGUGGUGUUAGCGGUGUGUGCUGUGCUUCAGUUUGUAGGACUGGAUGCUGUGUAUGUCGACAUCAGACGCUUCAGAGGAUACAUACAGAAUACUCAUAACGAUCUCAGGUCGUUAGAGGGCGCUGCAGACAUGAAGUACAUGACAACCGAUAGGUCUCUCGAGAUAGCUGCUCAACAAUGGGCAGACAGGUGUGAGUUUGAGCAUCAGAUGCGGGGGUAUGGAGAGAACCUUGCCUUUAUCUCCAGCACGGGUGCUACCCCAGAGCCCGGUUACGUCAUCAGAGAAUCCAUCCGACAAUGGUAUAACGAGCGCCCUCUAUACAGCUUUGGCACCCAAUCCUGUGGAGCCGCCUGUCAUUACACACAGAUGAUCUGGGCUCGUACUUCCAGAUUGGGUUGUGCUAUGAGUUAUUGCAACACUCUGUUUGAUGGUAGAGGGCGUGUGUACAGAAAUGCACAAUACUUCGUCUGUUUUUACUCACCUCAGGGUAACUAUAUAGGACAGACCCCUUACACCCCCGGCCGCCCUUGUUCACGAUGUCCCCGAGGUAACUUUUGUACCCGAAAAGGACUCUGUUAUGGCCCAGAUUUUGUAGGCCCACGACGAAGAAGAAGAAGUGUCGCACCAACAUACAAAGCCACAAUGACGACAUCUGAAGUGUGAUAUUUCAUGGAAGACGAUCUCGGGUCUCAACUCAAAUGGUGCUGCUUAUUACCUAUACACAUUUAUCUAUUCAAUAAAAUGUAAUAUAAUUUACUGUCUUUG